AAGUCAACAUGGCUUGCUGAAAGAAAAUAAUCCAAUGUGAGUGAGAGAGAUCAGAAAGGAGGGCAUGGUGAAGAACAUGUGUCGUAGAGAAGUAGUCACAGAGUGGACACGUGGUAGCGGUGACACAAACAACUUCCACUUUACCAUCACCGUAACUUGCUACCACGUUCUUCUUGCAGCUCUUCUGCUUCUCCACUUUGCUCACUCUUCCAACUCCUCCUCGCCAUCUCCAACUUUUUCUUUCAACGGAAACCAUACAAACAUGGUGAUGACCAUAAAAAGAAUAUGGAAAAUAUUCUGUGAGAAAUUGCAGGGAAGUAAAAACCAAAGUCAAUUAUCAUUGAAGAAAUGUAAUGUUUCCAGCCUAGGAUGUUUCUUAGGACAAUUUGAUGCCAACUUCUUCAAGGAAAAACAGAUUGGGGAGAUUGCUGAGGGUGCAAAUGAAUUCAAUCUUCCAAUCAUAAAAGCCAAUCGAAAACUUGUAGCUUCUGAGAAUGGAGGGCUGCAUUAUCCUUCUCCUUUAGUUUUCAAUGCUGGUUGGAACUAUCAACCAGUUCAUCAUGAAAGUAAAAGGUUCAACUAUCCUUCCAUCUUCAGGAUACAGAGACCUGAAUCUGAAGAAGAUAUCGCCUUUAUGAGUGUUCUUGAGUUAGGUGAACUCAUCAAAACAAAACAAAUUACAUCUCAGGAGCUUACACAAAUAUUCUUGCGGAGAUUGAAAAAGUACAAUCCUACUCUUGAAGCUGUAGUCACUUAUACUGAAGAGUUGGCACAGGAGCAAGCAAAAGAAGCAGACAAGUUGCUUAGCAAUGGAGUCUAUCUGGGGCCUCUUCACGGGAUUCCUUAUGGAUUGAAGGACAUAAUAUCAGUGCCCAAAUACAAAACUACCUGGGGAUCAAAAUCAUUCAAAAAUCAAGUUAUUGACAUGGAAGCUUGGGUCUAUAAAAGGUUAAAGUCUGCUGGGGCUGUUCUUGUUGCAAAGCUUGUUUCUGGAUCAUUGGCAUAUGAUGAUAUCUGGUUUGGUGGCAGAACUAGGAACCCAUGGAAUAUUGAGGAAUUUUCUACGGGGUCAUCUGCUGGACCUGCAGCAAGCACCUCAGCAGGUAUGGUUCCAUUUGCAUUUGGUUCAGAAACUGCUGGAUCCAUAACUUAUCCUGCAGCUAGAUGUGGAGUGACGGCAUUGCGUCCAACUUUUGGUACUAUUGGUCGAAGUGGUGUAAUGAGCAUUUCAGAAAGCUUGGAUAAGCUUGGCCCUUUCUGUAGAUCUGCAAUUGAUUGUGCUAUUAUUCUGGAUAUCGUUCGGGGAAAAGAUCUUGAUGAUCCCUCAUCAAAAGAUAGCUCCCUUGAUGAUCCAUUCCUUGUUGACAUUACUAAUUUGACUGUUGGAUAUCUUGAUGAUGCUGAAAUGGAGGUUGUUCAUGUUCUUGCAUCAAAGGGGGUCAAGAUGGUCCCUUUCAAACUGAAUUACACAGUUGAUUCUGUUCAAGGUAUCUUAAAUUUCACAAUGGAUGUUGACAUGCUGGCCCACUUUGAUGAGUGGCAACGCUCAGGCGAGGAUAAUGAGUAUGAAGCCCAAGAUCAAUGGCCCACUGAACUACGCCGUGCUCGUAUAAUUCCAGCAGUGGACUAUAUACAGGCACAAAGAGCACGGGGAAGGCUAAUAAAGGAAAUAAGAGAGUCCUUCACUGUGGAUGCAUUCAUUGGCAAUGCAACUGAUUGGGAGAAAGUUUGCCUAGGAAAUCUUGUGGGUUUACCAGUAAUUGUAGUGCCAACAGGAUUUAAAAAUAUCUCUGAUCCACCACCUGGUGGCACUAAAAGAAGAACCACAAUCACCACCGGCAUUUAUGCUCCCCCUAACCGUGAUCACAUUGCUCUGGCGUUGGCAAUGGCUUACCAAGCGGUCAGCAAUCACCAUAAACAGCGCCCACCUAUCAAUGAUCUCGGGCCGAAUGAUACCAUUUCUGAUCAAGUUUCUGUUACUUACCCUCCCAGGGUUUUGGGCUUGGGCCCUUGAGCACUGAGUUAACAUGGAUGUAAUCAUUUUUCACAUGGGCUUCAAAACAAAGGUAGAGAAUAUCGAGUUAUACGAAAUAUAUCACAUUAAUCUUUAAAUCUACUCUACUCUUAUAUUGAACUUCACUUUUUUCACUCUCUCAA